AGAGGCCGUCGGGUGCAGUCCAGAGGGUACCACAGGACACUGUGAACUGCUGCUGGACCUCAACAACUACUGUAGCAACAGAGGCGCACAAACCGAAACAGCCUCGGAUAUCUUCCUCGGCCUACCUCACUGCCGCCAAUUUUUUAUCUUUGGAUAUUAUUCUUCUUGGACACAAAGCGGCAAGUUCAGAGUGAAAUAUGACAGCGCAUAUUUAGCGUAAAUGUGUCAGGACGCUGUGUUUUUUCUGUCGUGAACGCUUGGAGUCUGUGAACCGGAGCGAAAGGAGCAGCGCGUUUCCGACCGGACCUUUUUUUUUUUUUACUUUUCGGUAAAGCCUAUAUUCACGAACAACAUGCAUGGAUUUAAGGACAAACAGUACUGCUUGUGACAUUAGGAGUAUUCUAUCCAGAAUAGACUGUUCGCCUGCCUGGCUACAAGGAUUAGCAAGCGAUAUGACAAUUACAUAAUAUAUUUUUAGCUGUUAAAAAAACAGCGUAAAGACUGCUCACGGCAGCGACGUGGGUACUGUAAAGAAAACAUAGAGACACAGGUUGUGGGUCAUUUUAAACAUUUUAACAUAAUAAAUACGACGUGUGUGGCGGUAUAGCUUUUUAAAAAUCUUUGUUGUAAGUAACGAGGGUAGCACUUAAGUUGGUGGCACUUGUAGCAUUUUGUAGGACAUAAAGAAGCGUUUAAUUUGUCGUCUGCAGAACGACAUAAGGGACGGAAAAGUUUGACAGUAAACUGUCUGUGCUCCUCCAAGGACUGAAAGGUCACCGGGACCGGACAUCUCUCCUUCUCUCCUCCUCCUCCUCCUGUCAGUCUGUUAUGAAGAUGUGAACUCUUCCUCCCUCCCUCCCUCUUUCUCUCUUCGCCGUCCAGGACGCUUUGAUCUUUUUUUCUCCUCUGUUCGGUACAAAGAGAUCAAAGGCGACUCUCGCCUCUCGGGGAUGUACGAAAGCGUGGAUGUUGUGGGUUUUAGCCCCAGCCCCAGCAGCCCCAGCCCCGGCUCUUUUCUGGGCAUGGACUACUACCACAGACCCCCGGGGCUCGGGUCGGAGAAGGGACUCCUGUCUGGUGUAGGAGGGCUCCAGCGUCCUUUCGGAGGGUCCCUGGUCACCGUCAGACACUGGAGCGGAUCCAGCCACUCUAUAGAGACCGAGAGCACGAGUUCAGGAGAGGACCUACUUGUCCCCAGCCCCCCCUCUCCACCACCUCCACCCCGCAUCUACAAGCCGUGCUUUGUAUGUCAGGACAAAUCUUCAGGAUACCACUAUGGAGUCAGUGCCUGUGAGGGUUGCAAGGGUUUCUUCAGGAGGAGCAUCCAGAAGAACAUGGUGUACACGUGUCACAGAGACAAAGUCUGUGUCAUAAACAAGGUGACGAGGAACCGGUGUCAGUUCUGUCGACUACAGAAAUGCCUCGAAGUUGGCAUGUCCAAGGAAUUGGUCCGAAAUGACAGAAUGAAGAAGAAGAAGGAGGAGAGGAGGCAGGGGGAGACAGAGAUCUACGUCCUGUCAGCAGACACAGAGCAGAUGAUUGAGCGAGUCCGCCGAGCCCACCAGGGCACAUUUCCCUCCCUCUGCCAGCUUGGAAAAUACACCACGAGCAACAGCGCAGAGCACCGCGUCGCUCUGGAUGUCAGUCUUUGGGACAAGUUCAGUGAAUUGUCUACAAAAUGCAUCAUUAAAACAGUGGAGUUCGCCAAGCAGCUCCCUGGUUUCACAACGUUAACCAUUGCUGAUCAGAUCACCCUGCUCAAAGCUGCCUGCCUCGACAUACUGAUUCUAAGGAUCUGCACUCGGUACACUCCAGACCAGGAUACCAUGACCUUCUCCGACGGCUUGACUCUGAACCGCACCCAGAUGCAUAAUGCUGGGUUCGGGCCUCUCACAGACCUGGUGUUCUCCUUCGCCAACCAGCUGCUCCCACUGGAGAUGGAUGAUGCAGAGACGGGAUUACUCAGCGCCAUCUGCCUGCUCUGUGGAGACCGUCAGGAUCUGGAGGAGUCAGAGAAAGUGGAUGUUCUUCAGGAGCCGAUGCUUGAAGCCUUGAAGCUCUAUGUGAGGAGGAGGAGGCCUGAUAAACCUUGUAUGUUCCCCAAGAUACUGAUGAAGAUUACUGACCUGAGGAGCAUCAGUGUGAAGGGAGCAGAGCGAGUGAUCACACUGAAGAUGGAGAUACCUGGCUCCAUGCCCCCUCUCAUCCAGGAAAUGCUGGAAAACUCAGAGGGACUGGAGGGGCAUGGAGCCGGGGGAGGCAAAGGAGGAGCAGGAGGAGGAAAAGGCAGAGGAGGAGGCACAGAAGAGGAUGAGACAGAGCUUAGAAACUGUCAUCCAAGUCCAUCACCCAAAUCAAGUCCUUCUCCCAGCCCCAGCCCGGCACCCUGCCCCCCCUCUUCUCCCUCCCCCUCCACCUGAAGUUCCACAUUUAGCACCUCUGCUCCACCCACGGCACGGUGUGGUACUGUGAGAAAAACCCUCCACACAGCAGAGAAUUCUGCACCUAAUAAUAGACGAACUGGAGGAGAACAACUUCAGACAACAGUGUCUGAACUCAUUAUGUCUCCGGCUUACAGGCUAAAUAUCUAUGUGACAUGAGGUGGAAUGAAAACAGGUUAACUACGCUUUGAAGACUGGAUUUGUGUUCAGACAUCAUGGUUUUAUACAUGACCUUUUUAAUGCUUAAAAGGUUAAUUAUAUGCAGACUGUGUGAACUCUAAUGAAGGACUAUUGUAUUACUGAAAUGUGGACAGACUGAUGGAGAGGAUUCUCUCUUAUAAAAACCCAUGAAUAGUAUGAAGAAUCAUUAUGUGUAAUAUAUUGUAUAUAAAAAAAAUGCUGUGAAAAGGCUGUGGCUGAGGCAGACUUAUGCAAGAAGAUAUUUUCCUAAAUGUACAUGUGUAUAUACUGUAUUUCCCCAAUACGGUUGUAAAGAGUUCUUUCUUCAUCCUCUUUCCACCAUCACCACCAACCUUAACACACACACACACACACACACUGCUCCCAACCUUGUGCUUUUGAUCCCCUCACAGAUAUAUCAGGGGAAAAUGACAAGUCUUGACUUAAUAUUCCUCCAGUGGAAUCUAUAGCUCGAGGCAAAUAUAUUUCUCAAUGCAUUACUUUGCAUCACCAUCUGUAAAAAAAGAAAAAAGAAAAACAUACUGUAUUUACAGUAGUUUGUUUUCAGAUGUAGCUUCCGCAACUCAAGUGAUGUCUCUUCAGCAAACUGUGAAACACACACAUUUUAAUUUUAAAUGAAUACAAUGUCUUCCUGUUGGUGGACAAACUGUGAUACGAGGAGUAAAAACACCCCUCACAACAGUUUUCCCAUCUGGUAACAACCUCCACUGCUGAGCUGAAUUAUAGUUUCAUUAAGGUGAUAUGGAAACCUCAUCAUCAGUGAUGACAGGUGCUGCCUCCAAAUGUACAAACUGCAUUUUGUUUUUAUAGCGUGCACCACUACCUGUCAUAGUCUGUUUACACGUUAGCACUGUCGCACUGCAACAUCCCUGCUGUGUCAGGUCCAAAUCACCAUCUUCAGUGUUGUCCUCUUUAAUGUAUGGUGAGGUAAAACUCACUGGAAAGCAAAAAAAUACAAGAAGUUAAAUAAAGGAGUAUGAUUUCUUCUUCCAUCCUUAAA